AUGGCUCCGAUAAAUUGCACCCAGGUAACAGAGUUUAUUCUUGUGGGCCUCACAGACCGUCAAGAGUUGAAGAUGCCACUGUUCCUGAUAUUCUUAUCGAUCUAUCUUUUCACAGUAUUGGGAAACCUGGGUUUGAUCCUAGUCAUUAGGUCAGAUGCAAGACUCAAGACACCGAUGUACUUCUUUCUUAGUAACCUGGCUUUUGUUGAUUUCUGUUACUCUUCUGUCAUUACUCCCAAAAUGCUUGGCAAUUUCUUGUACAAAAAAAAUGUUAUCUCCUUCAAUGCGUGUGCAGCUCAGUUAGGCUUUUUCCUGGCUUUCAUGACCGCUGAGUGCUUGUUACUGGCCUCCAUGGCCUAUGACCGAUAUGUGGCCAUUUGUAACCCGCUCCUGUAUAUGGUUGUGAUGUCCCCAGGACUCUGCUUUCAGCUCGUAGCUGUCCCCUAUAGCUAUAGCUUCUUGGUUGCACUCUUUCACGCCAUCCUCACCUUCCGUCUCUCCUAUUGUCAUUCCAAUAUCAUUAAUCAUUUCUACUGUGAUGACAUGCCCCUCCUCAGGCUGACGUGCUCAGACACUCACACCAAACAGCUGUGGAUCUUUGCCUGUGCAGGGAUCAUGUUCAUUUCUUCCCUUCUGAUUGUCUUUGUUUCUUACAUGUACAUUAUUUCUGCCAUCCUAAGGAUGCGUUCUGCAGAGGGAAGGCGCAAGGCCUUCUCCACCUGUGGUUCACACAUGUUGGCAGUCACCAUUUUCUAUGGGACCCUGAUAUUUAUGUACUUGCAACCCAGCUCAAACCAUUCUCUUGACACAGACAAGAUGGCCUCUGUCUUCUAUACAGUGAUUAUUCCCAUGCUGAACCCUUUGAUCUACAGCCUCAGGAACAAGGAGGUGAAAGAGGCCCUGAAGAAAGUUGCUGUCAGUAAAAAUCGGGCAUUUUUAUUUAUAAGAUUAAUAAAGUGA